AUGUCAAGAAUACAAUUGGUCGGUAUAACACGAAAAGCAUUUAUAUUAAGUAAAAAUAUAAUAAUUAAAAAUAAUAUACGAUUGAAUAGCACAUCACCGAAAUUUAAUGCCUUGGAGUGUCUAAAUAAUCGAGGAUUACUCCAAGUAACAGGUAAAGAAGCAUCAUAUUUUUUGCAAGGAUUGAUUACAAAUGAUAUGAAACAUUUUGCUGAUGGUGCUACGAAUAUUUACGGAUUAUUUUUAAAUACCAAAGGUAGAGUACUAUACGAUACUUUAAUCUACAAGGGGAUUGAUGAUGACACUUAUUUAAUUGAAUGUGAUUCCGACGUACUCGAUGCACUGAAAAAACAUCUUAUCAUGUUCAGAGUGCGUCGUAAAAUAGAUAUACAGUCAAUGAUUGAUAAAAUGAAAGUUUGGGUCCUAUUUGAUGGUAAUUUAAAUUUACGUGAUAUUAAAUCUAAGACACAAAUUAGUAAUGUUACAUUAGAAGGCGAAAUAUCGCCUUGCGGAUCAUUGAAUAGUAAGACAAGUAAAUCAAUUGACGAUAUUAUUAUGUUCAAGGAUCCAAGAAUAUCUGGAUUAGGUUAUAGAAUUUUAAGCAAUGUAAAUAUUACUCAAGAAAAAAUAUAUCAACAUUUAAUACCCGGUAUUUCGAUAGACGAAAAUUCACCGAGUUAUCGAGAAAUUAGGUAUAGAUUAGGCAUAGCUGAAGGUAGUAUGGAUUUACCACCGGGUAAAGCAUUUCCUCUAGAAGCUAAUGGUGAUUAUUUACAUGGAAUCAGCUUUCAUAAAGGUUGUUAUAUCGGUCAGGAAUUAACAGCUCGCACUCAUCAUACAGGUGUCGUAAGAAAACGGUUGAUGCCUUUAAUAUUCGAUGAAAGUAUUGAGAAAAAUUUUGAAUACGAUGAAAAUAUUAUUGAUAAUAAUGGAAAAUCCGUAGGUAAAUUUCGGGGUGCUGUAAAUAAGUAUGGUUUGGGAUUGAUGCGAAUUACUGAGUCAAAAAAUGCGAGUAGUUUGAGUAUUUUAAAUAAAUCAUUGAAAAUUAACAAACCGCACUGGACAGAUGCCGAACCUCGUUCAUCUUCAAGUCUUACUCAGCCUGAAAGUCUCCCAGUGAAUGAUAAAAAUGUCGAAACAAAACAAGAUUUGGGUGGCAUAUUCAAGUGUGAAUUUUGUUCGUUGAUUGAAAAGUAUAAUUACAAGGGUCGUAAGCCACCUUUUGCACGAGAUAUAUUGUAUGAGGAAGAUUGUUAUGUAAUGAAAGAUCCAUUUAGUUUGCUCAACGGAGGUGAAACAUUAGUAAUUGGUAGUGAUUGUUCAAUAUGUAAUAAAACAGUAUGUUUAGGGUGCAGUAUUUUUUAUAGUAAAAGAUUUUGUCAGGAAUGUGCUACAAACAAUGAAUUAUACUUGCCGCAUCAAUUACAAAUUAAAAAAAAACUAUCUACGAAAAUUACAAAUGAAUGA